AUGAGUCUUGGAGAAAAGCAAUCUGCAUUUCAAGAAAAUACUCGAUACGCAGCAAACGAAUGCACAUACUGUGCAAAUUCUGGGGCCUGUAACUGUGUUGGAGAGAAAGGCUCUAGGGGUUAUCCUGGAGAUCAUGGAUAUCAAGGUUCACCUGGACCGAUUGGGGCCAGAGGACAGACAGGUAUUGAAGGUCCCAAAGGAGAAAGAGGUGACAGAGGAGGUGAUGGCCCACAGGGAAUGAAGGGAGAUAGGGGACCCACGGGUCAGCCAGGUUUUUCAGGCAUCAGUGGACUUGAUGGCCAUAAAGGAAGUGAAGGAGAACGAGGGCAGAGAGGGUAUGAUGGAUGCAAUGGCACCCAGGGUAUUGCUGGACCCCCUGGACUUGGAGGAAAUAAUGGGCUGCCAGGAGCAGCUGGAGAAAAUGGACCAAAGGGAGAGAGAGGUGAAGAUAGGUUCCCUCAGAAAGGAUCAAAAGGAGAUAUGGGUGAUAGAGGACCUCCUGGUGAGAGUGGUGACAUUGGACGUCCUGGUUCAGAAGGAAUGAACGGUGACCAGGGAGAUCCAGGUCUCACUGGACCAAAGGGAGCAAAAGGACAACAGGGACCCAAAGGACCGCCGGGUUCUACAAAUCCUUUUACCGUGGAAGGCAAUCCUGGUGAACAGGGUGAUCCAGGUGAGCCAGGUGCACCCGCCAACGCCAGUACUGAGCAUAUUAACGGUUUGCCUGGCGAAACUGGACAAAAGGGAAGCAAAGGGGAUAGAGGUGAUUCAGGACCGCCUGCCAGUCGAGGAGAUUACGGUUGGCAAGGUGAUAACGGUAGAGAUGGAGAGAAAGGUCUGCCUGGGCUCCCUGGUGGCAGAGGAAAUCAAGGGGAGCCAGGUCCUUCCGGUGGCAAGGGAUUAAAAGGUGACGAAGGUUAUGUUGGAGAUGUUGGCUGGCCUGGACCGAAAGGAGAAAAGGGAGAUAGAGGAGACCAGGGCAGGAAGGGGCCGAAGGGGCGGGCUGGGAACGAAACACCAAUUGGUGAAUGCAAAGCUGGGCCUCCGGGACUUAAGGGAAACAAAGGUGUUCCAGGAAAUCUCGGAUAUACAGGACCGAAAGGAACAAAAGGAAAGCCAGGGGGUCCUGGAGACAGAGGAAUGCCAGGUCCACCUGGAAGGGAUGGAGAGUCUAGAUUAUUUGGUCCUAAAGGAGAUGAUGGUUUACCAGGUAUCAAUGGCAAUCCAGGAAGUAUGGGUUCGAGAGGACUCCCUGGAGACAAAGGAAAUAUGGGCGAAAAAGGUGAAAGUGGAAGAAUGAUUCCUGGAUUUCCUGGAAAACCUGGUCCCAAUGGUAAGGAAGGAUAUCCUGGACCAAAAGGAGACAAAGGAUACCCAGGUGAACCUGGUGUUGAUGGAGACAGCGGAAUCGACAUUCCCGGUCCUCCUGGAUUUCCAGGUGAUAAAGGAGAUGUAGGAGAAGUAGGUGAUCCAGGUAGAAACGGACUACCUGGACAACUUGGACAACCAGGUGAGUCGGGUGGAUCAUGCAAGCUAUGUCCAGACGGCCGGAAAGGGGAAAAAGGUAAUCCAGGUACAAUUGGAAAGCCUGGUGCAAGAGGUAUUGAGGGACUUCCUGGACCUAUUGGCCCUGCAGGUAACGAAGGAGAUCAGGGCGUCAACGGUCUACCAGGAAACAGAGGAAUCCCGGGUAUACCGGGAAAACCCGGUGCAGCAGGAGAAAAAGGUGAGAAAGGCAAAUCAAGCUUUGUAAAGGGCUUUCCAGGAGACCAAGGGCAGAAAGGUGAUGCAGGUCAACCUGGUCCAGAUGGCAAGCAAGGAGCUCCUGGUCAACUUGGACCACCUGGACCAACGGGACCGACAGGCUUUGUAAAUGACACUGCAAAUUAUAGGCCAAUUAGUGUGGUUUUUGUGUUUCGAAGUUGUUUGAGAAAAUCAUUGCACAACUCUCAUUUUACUUAUUUUUAUACAUAUGUUGCUCAAAAGAGAAAAACAUUUUGCAAUAGAAGAGCCAAUGAUAAGCGCAAAAACCCAAAAGGGAACCCUGGAUCGCCAGGUGGUGGUGGGAUACCAGGAAGGAUUGGAUUUCCCGGUCAGAAAGGACAAGUUGGAGAAACGGGACCUGGCAGACCGGGAGCAAAAGGAGAAAAAGGCAAUCCUGGGCCCAUUGGAGAAAGAGGCUCAGAUGGAGAGAAAGGAUUUCCCGGUGUGCCAGGUCUGUUCAAUGGUACGAUUGCCAAAGGUGAGAAGGGGCCGCCAGGCAUGAGAGGAUUGCCAGGCCCCAAGGGAUCUCCCGGAAGAGCAGGCGAGCCUGGAGAUGCAGGAUACCCUGGUGUUCCUGGAUUUCCUGGGCCAAAAGGGAGUAAAGGAGAUUUUGGGAUUAUUGGAGAAGAUGGACCUCCAGGCAUGUUUGGUUUUCCUGGGGAGAAGGGUAAUACUGGUUUUGUUGGUAUAGCCGGAGUCAAUGGGACUGUUGGUGAUCCUGGAACUCCUGGGUCUAAAGGAGUGAAUGGAUUGCCUGGAGUGCUACUUGGACAGGGUACGUGCAGCAAGGGAGAUAAAGGUUAUGAGGGAAGGAAAGGAGCGACGGGAGAACCUGGCCCUAUGGGUUCUAAAGGUGAUCAAGGAGAAGCUGGACCAAAAGGUAAUCAAGGAUAUCCAGGUAUAUCCGGAAUAAAAGGCAAAGAUGGUCCGCCUGGUAUCUCCGGGGGCAUGGCUAUAGGUCCCAAAGGACCCAAGGGAGAACCUGGAUUACCUGGAUCAAAAGGAGUUAGAGGUCCUACUGGAAUGAAGGGUGAUCCUGGUUAUCCAGGUAAAUCUGGAAAUCCAGGAUUUCCAGGGUUAAAAGGUAAAAGUGGACCUCCAGGAUUACAAGGACAAGUUGGGUCUCCCGGAAGACCUGGGGCUAAAGGGAUGCCUGGAAUUGAUGCUUCUGUUGUUUAUUCAGGUGAUAAAGGAGACCCAGGUUUACCAGGAACAAAAGGUAUGAUGGGGUCACCCGGUUCACCUGGUCUUCCUGGAUUAAAUGGAUUGAAAGGAAGCAUGGGUGAAAUUGGGUUUCCUGGUUUACCUGGAAUACAAGGACCAGACGAAUAUUUAACAGGACCGCCUGGUGAUGAUGGCAUCCCUGGAGGAUAUGGAAUGAAAGGAGAAAGAGGAUAUCCUGGUUUUAUGGGUCAAAAAGGAAACCCAGGCAUUCCUGGGCUUCAAGGUCCAGUAGGCGAACCAGGAGAACCAGGGUAUUUUGGACAGAAAGGGGAGAAAGGAAUAGCUGGAGUGCCAGGAAGAGGUUUGCCUGGUCUGAAAGGACUUCCUGGUGCAGUUGGAAAAAAAGGAGCGAAAGGGCCCGCUGGUACUCCAGGACCUCCCGGGGUAGAUGGCAGACCAGGACAACGUGGAAUAGUUGGUGAUAAGGGUGAAUUUGGCAAUCCUGGAUUCAGUGGUCAACCUGGAUUUCCUGGAAUGAAGGGAGUUAAAGGUAUGACUGGAGAUGUUGGAUUUCCUGGAGUUCCAGGGAAGAAAGGUAUUCCCGGUCCAUCAUCGGGAAGAGGCAUCGAUGGACCGAAAGGUAUUCAGGGACCUCAGGGACCUCAAGGUGAUCCCGGUUUCCCUGGUGAUCCUGGUCAAGUGGGAAUUCCCGGAGUCAAAGGAUCGAUUGGCCCACCCGGCCUACCUGGUAUGAACGGAGCUCCAGGUCGACAAGGAGAAUUUGGAUCAAAAGGGGCUAAAGGUUCCAGAGGGAACAAUGGCGCUCCUGGUCUUUCUGGUCCUCCUGGCCAACUCGGUUCGCCCGGUCCUCUAGGAAAUCCUGGAAAACCUGGCAUGCCCGGUUUGAAAGGAACAAAAGGAUUUCCUGGGUUACCAGGAGAUCAAGGUUUGAGUUUCAAAGGUGUCAAAGGUGCUUCUGGAAAGAUCGGAAUCCCUGGAAGGAAUGGACUGCCUGGCGACAAAGGAAACACUGGUUUACCCGGUAUUAAUGGAUUGCCUGGAGAACCUGGCAACCCAGGAUUUGGUGGCAGGCCUGGAGAUAAAGGAGAUAAAGGAAACCGAGGAGACCCUGGUGUUAAAGGCGAUCGAGGACUUCCUGGAUUGCACGGUUCUAAUGGAUUUCCAGGACAGAAAGGAGUGAAAGGUCAGGCUGGUUUACCUGGGCAGCCUGGAAACAUUGGAUUAUCUGGUAGACCUGGUCCUGAUGGAUUGUUUGGCUUAAAAGGACCAAAGGGUGCACCAGGAAAUCCUGGCCUCACGGGCAAAACAGGUCCACCGGGUUUAAAGGGAGAUCCAGGGUUUGGGGGACUAAAAGGAUAUGCUGGUCCUUUUGGUGAGGUUGGAGAUCAGGGUACAAAGGGUGAACCAGGAAGAGUUAUUUAUCGAGACGUACCAAGGGAAGCACCAAAAGGAGAUCGUGGAAAUGACGGCCUACCCGGCCAACAAGGCUACAAAGGGGUGACUGGUCAACCUGGUUUUCCUGGAUCACAGGGUCCGAAGGGAAAGCCAGGCCCGUAUGGAAUGAAAGGUGCACCAGGUCCUGCAGGAAUCACCGGUCCACCAGGUACACCUGGAGCACCUGGUGAUGCUGGAUAUAAGGGCCCUGAUGGAUUGCCAGGUAAGGCAGGGAGUCCAGGUCUCAAUGGACAACCGGGCUUCGUAGCAGCACUCGGUAACACCAUUGUAAGACACUCUCAAACUGAAGGCGAUCCGUCAUGUCCUUUUGGAUUAACGACGUUAUGGAAGGGUUACAGUUUGCUGCAUCUUGAAGGACACGAAGAUGCCUCGUUUCAGGACCUCGGCAAGCCUGGCUCUUGCAUGCGGCAGUUCAACGUCAUGCCAUUCCUGCAUUGUGACGCAACAUCUUGUGAGUACACUGGCAAAGGAGAAAAAUCGUUUUGGUUGACUACAGCCACCAACUACACUAUCCACCCUGUCGAAAGAAAUGAAAUUCAAAGAUUGAUCAGUCGGUGUGUGGUGUGCGAGAUACCUACCAACGUCUUAACAGUUCAUAGCCAAGAUAUUACAGAACCCAGAUGCCCGCUGGGAUGGAAAGCUCUGUGGGUUGGCUACAGUUUCUUUAUGCACAUAGUUCAUGGUGUCAGCGGCGGAGGACAACAACUCGUCAGUUCGGGGUCGUGCCUCGAAGAUUUCAGAGUGCUGCCAUUCAUAGAAUGCGUGGAAGGCAAGUGUCAGUUCCCGAUGAAUGAUAUGAGUUACUGGAUGACGACAGUGGACGUCAACAGUCAGUUCCUCACUCCAAAUUCUCGAACCCUCAAGGCUGGUAGUCUGCGCAGUGUCAUCAGCAGGUGCAGCGUAUGCAGCAGAGAGUUUUGAGCUGGCUAGCGAUGACAAUCAUUUUCUGCUAAUGAAUGAUCAAGUGAUUGAUUGAAUGAUUGAUUUUUGGAUGAAUGAGUAGAAUGGCGUGUGAAUGGAUGGCUGGGUGGGUGGGUGACUGAUUUGUUUUUGAUUAAAUGUUUAAAUCUUUACUGGCUGAUUGAUUUGUUUUAAUUAUUUUUGCCAGUUUCAUAGGUUGUUAAUCAUGUCCGUUUAUUAUUUGAUUAAUUAAUUGUUAAUAAACAACUGUCAAUAAUCAUGUCAUUAGUUUAUUGGGAAAUAAUUGUCAGAACUUGUGGGUUAUUUUGCCCAUGAGUUAGCACAAGUCAUCUGGAAGUUAACAGUUAACUUUGACAUGCCAAUGUAAUAUUUUCCAAUUUUCAAUGCUUUUAUUUCUAUUUUUGAAGUUGUAUGUAAAUGGCUUAUAGAUGAUCAGAAAUUAUAAUUGUUUUUAUUUUGUUACUUUAAUUCCCGACACUAGAAAAUAUUUGUUGAGGUAUCACAUCACAUCAUUUAUGCGAAACUGAUCGUUGAUCAGGCAUUUAUAAAAUGCUGUUAUAACAACCAGUGUGAGUUGAUUAAUUCACUUUCAUGUCAAAUAAAACUUUUUUUUAAUU